CUCACCGCUCCUGCUGCUCAGUGGUGCCCGUGAAGAUCAGCAGAGAUGGCAGAAGCCUCUGUGGCUGUUGAGUUACAGGUGUGUCUGCGGGGAGGACUUCUCCAGCUCCUUUGCUGAUUCCUACACAGAAGCCUGGCAACCAUCGCAGAGGUCCUCCGAGGGGGAAGGACCUAGCUACAGGACACCAGAAACCCCAUGAUCCAUCCGAAAACAUGAGGCAAAUGCUGAAGGAAAUGCAGCAGGCAGGAGAAGAAGUGGAUGGAGAGGCUGGGCAUAAGGUGGCAUUUCCUGGAGGAAGCAGUGGUUCCGUGCCAACCUUUGCUGCAGGAAGAGAGGCGAUGCCAGGCACAGGCACAGGAGAUGUGUCUGCAGGGAGGACUUUUCCUGCUCCUUUGCUGAUUCCUAUACGGAAGCCCGGCUCCCAUGGCAGGGCUGAACUUGAUGAACAUGAUGCCGUUGAUGAAGAUGAUCUGGAUUCCCAGCCCAUACCCAUUACUGAGCCUCUGGGAGAUGCUGAGGGUGUGUCUGCAGGGAGGACUUUCCCAGGUCCUUUGGUGGAUGUUGCACGCAGGCCCAGCUCGCAUCACAGAGGUCCUCCAAGAAGGAAGAAGAAACCUAUAGGAGCUAUUAAGUCCCUGGAGGAUUCCAAACAUCUGGAACAAAAACGGAGUGAUGUGGACAGCCAGCGUGAUGCAGCCGACCCCACAGCACAUAAUGACAACAUCUGGGAAAGCAUGAGAAGAGUUUUCUGCUGGGGAACAGCUUCUUUGAUGAAGUUGAUGGCCAUUGUUGCUGGUGUGGCACUGUGCCUGAUGAUGUGCUGUGCAGGAAUCUGGUAUUGCUGGAAGACAAAACGGUGCUCCUCUCCAUCUCCAGAAGACCAACCUAACAAAGCAGGCAGCGAGAACUUGAGCUGUGACCUCACCUAUCCACUUCUGCCCCUAUCUGCCCUGCCAUGGCUGCAGCACCGUCGUCACGAGGCUGUCCCAAAACCCACCCCUCCACAAUGGGACCCUCUGCCCCUGAGCCCCCUGGUCCUGUUCCCCAGCCAAGACUGA